GCAGAACCAUUGAUUUGCAAAGUCGUGGAUUCAUGCUUAAAAUACGAUGGCUGGUUAUGCUUUAUGUUUUGAAAGGAUGGAGAGACAAGAGGCGCAGUUCAAGUCGCAAUAGUCAUUCAAAUAGCCAUGGCUCUCAUGAUUACCAUGCCAGAGGUCGUUAUCAGAAGCUCGAAGAUGGUGUCGACUAUGACUCAGAUGCCUCUCAUAAAAGUUCACACCACGGACGUACUCCAAAAACAGAGAGCUCGCCGAGGCCGAAAACGAAACUAGACCAAUACAAAUGCGAUCAUGAAUAUAUCAAGAAUAAUGUCAAGGGAAAGCAAAAAUGCGUCUGCUAUAUGGAAAGAGUGCCGUGGACUAAGAAGAAAGGACAGAAACCACAAGAUGUGCUCCUUUAUUUCUACAAAAUUGCACCAAGGGAUCCUUUCGGCCAUGCAUCUGACUGGGAAAUGAGUAAGAAGUUUAAGACGUUAAAGAAGUUGAAGCAUGAAAGCCUUAUGAGGUGCUACGAAUGGUUUCAGUGGAAUAGUAUAUUGGUUGUUUCGUACGAAUAUGUAGCUGGUGAAAGUUUGCUUGAUCGUCUUAGAACUUCGUCAAGUCAACCUUUCAAUGAAAUGGCCCUGCAAGCUGUCAUGACCCAAAUUCUUUCUGCAGUAGAUUUCAUGCACCGAAGAAGCAUUGUGCACAACGGAUUGUGGCUUAAGAACUUUGUGAUUUACAACGACACGAAGGUCAAGAUUGUUGAGUGGGACUAUGCCAUGCAAAUUAAACAGGGUAAUGAUACGAGCUUACACUAUCUAUCGUUCAAGGAUAUGUGUAUAAACGAGAGACCGUUCUGUUCAUUUCCUCGAGAGGCACUGGAGGUCACAUUACCGGAGGCGAAACAGGUAGAGCAUCAAGAUAGUAAGAAAAAGGCGAGGGAGGAAGACCUGCGAAAAGGUUUUGGUAGGCCGGUAGAUAUGUGGGCUUUAGGAGUCUGUUUUUACACAGUAAUCACGGGCAGACCACCUUACGUAGAGGACUUUUUGAAGUUGACUGAUUUCGAUGACUUUGACUACCGCAGACGUAAAUACUUAGAAUGGUAUAACAACCCGCCGACUAAAUUCGCAAACGAGGACUGGGAACGUGUAAGCAUCUUAGCUAAAGAUAUAUGCUAUGAAAUGCUGCGCCGAGGUCCACGCGAAAGAUUGACAAUCCAAGAAGCACUUAAACACCCGUGGACAGUUGCGAAGGAGUUAAAGCCAGUUGGUGGAGGGGAGAUGCCAAACCUUGCAGAGAAAUUUAGACCUAAUAGUAAUUAG